CUCUCUCUCUCUCUCUCUCUCUCGCUUGUCUUCAUUCAUUCCAUCAACCAAUCCAAUCCCUCUUCACCCCAUCAACCAAUCCUCCUCUCCCACAACAUCCCUUCCUCCUCGCACAUAUCCUCACUUGGAUUCCAAUCCCAAUCCUGUCCUUUUCAUACACCCACACGCAUCCAUCCAUCGUAUUCUAGUCUGUCCAUCAACAAUGUCCCGGGCUCACUCGUACGCUCAGGUUCCCAUCUCAGAGGCACCAGAAACUGAGGAGACCUUAACCAACGACAGCGCCUUGGCAUUCGCCCGCAGUCAAAAGAAAAAGAGCACUGCCUCAACUCAUAACAACAACGACAACAACAACAACAACAGCAGCAGCAGCAGGACAGACGGAGCAGCGAAGGGAAAGCGAAAUGACCAUCGUGGAUACUCGGCCCUGAACGACGAUAAUGAUGAUGAUGAAGAUGACUUUGAGGACGCAGCCGAGGACAGCGUCAUGCUUCGACCCAUGACCUCUAGUUCCUCUGCACCUCGGCGCCCUGUAUACCCCUCGAACGAUGGCGACGACGAUAAUGAAAUUACAGAGGCACCACUAGCAGAAGGAUCAUCGUCGUCGUCUUCUGAAAUCAACCCUUCGGCAUCCAGUUCUUCCGCAGCAGCAACAGCAACAGCCAGGAGAAACAGCGGAGUUCGUACGACGAAUCGUUCGUUCUUGGCAAGACUGACUGGUAGACAGCGACCAGAGCGGGAUGCUCGGCGGAUGAUCCAGUCGACCAUGGAUGGAGUCUUCUCGAACCUGUCGGCUAAACCGCGGGUGGAAAAGCCGUACGAAGAGGAAUUGCCACCUUCGUACAAGUCUGCAGCGCAGGAUGUGUCGCCAGCAUACUACGAGUCGACGGUUCUCUCACCUGGAUUCAUUGACGAUGAUGAUAUGUUGCUGAUCGAGGGCUUGCCAGUUGGAGGCCUCUUUGGAUUCAUGUGGAAUAUGAUCAUUUCGAUGAGCUUCCAGUUUGUGGGAUUCUGCUUGACGUACCUUCUGCAUACUUCGCAUGCCACGAAGCAAGGUUCCAAGACCGGACUGGGCAUCACAUUUGUGACCAUGGGCUUCAACAUCAUGAAUGGCAAAUUCAGUGAGGGCGAUAUCGACGGCGAUCCCAUGGAGGAUUCGGAUACAGGAUACAUGGGCGACACUGGGCCAUCUACUUCGCUGACGUCCCUUCGAUCAAUGACAGAGUAUAUCUGGCUGUCGUAUUUCUUGGUGAUGUUGGGCAUUGUGAUCAUUGCUCAAUCGCUGGUAUCGUUCGCCAAGGCCAAGAGAACAGAGAUGAUCAUGCUUGCGACGAACUCUGCAGCCCUGGAGGCCGCAGUCCCGGCUAAUGCAGCAGCAGGACAGUCAGUGCCGUCGUUCGUGUCGACUUGGGCAGCAUUGGCUGGAGUAGCGACGGCCUCAUUGACAUCGACAUCGACGCUGCCGACGAGUGCAGCUGCAGCAGGAACAAUGGCGGCAUCGGAGUCUGCUCCUACGGGAGCUACGACAUCACAGUCAGCAGGAGCACAGGCAUCGGGUACAGGUUCAGAAUCAAGGAGCGUAAUUAUCCCGAUAGCGUAAACAGACAGUUCAAUCACUGCGAUACCCACAAAGGCGACCUGUCAAGAUCCCAAUUAGACAUUCAGCCUUGAACCUUUACCGAUGCACUGCACUGCGCUGCUGCUUGAAUAAAAUCAGAUGAGCUUUUUUACGAAAACGUUUGGCUGCUUUUUUAAAUUAAACAUCCUGGGGACUCAUGUAUGAAGAAAAAAGGCAGCCGGACAGGGCCUACAUCAGUAUCAGAGCUCAACAGCCGCUGCUCAGGGGGACGACGUUUACUACUACAUCUAUGAUAAAGAGGAUAAAUUGAACCAAACGUCGAGCUUUAAGCAGAUAUUGAGGAUCGAUCAACCAGUCAGUGUAGUAAGUCGCAUGUCCGUAGAGGCAUAUGUCGCACACUUAGAGAGGGUCAUGUUGCAAAAUAUAUAAUGUAGCAUCGGUUACAGGAGAUAAGAACGAUGCAAGAAGUUAUACUUCACGAGUUGCCUGUG